AUGGAUGAGAUAUUUGUAGGAAAUCCUUCGAAGAGGGAGAUAGAGAUGCAUCUCCGAAACAAGAAGCAUUCUCUGCUGAACAAUGCCGGGCUUCGAGGUGAUAUCUUAAGCAAGAGAGUGGAGGAAGAAUCUGGGGGAGACGGGACCGAUCCAGAGUUUGUAAAGAGCAGGAUCUACUCGGAUAGUCCAGGAUACCCUACGAGGGAUGGGCUUUCCAGAAAAAAAGCAUCUGUUGGGCAUAAGAUGGAAAGUAGAAGGGAGGCGCUAAUUGAGAAGGAUUCUAAUGUGAAGGCAGAAAUGAAAUGGGAAGGUAGCAGAAGUAGAGUAGCGUCUAAAAGAACUGUCGAAAGGAACACCAUCAAGAACUCUGGAUAUAGACAUGUUAUUCUUGUAUUUGAUGGGAGCUGCGGGCAUCUAGGUACCGGAGGCAGAAGACAUAGAAGAAAGGUUAGGUUUAACACCCACAGCACUGUGGGUAAGCCCCAUAACACUGGAGAGCCUUCUUCGAUAUUGCUCCCUUCGUCCAAGCCAAGGAAGCUUCCAAGGACACGGAAAAAAGAAAAGAUCUUUGUGGAGAGCUUGCCACCGGAUACUGACAGUGGCUCGGGGGCUUGA